AUGUCCAUCGGCGACGUCGAUGCUGUGUUCGACUCGCAUUCCGAACCUUCCGAGUCUGUCGGGAGCGAUGCCGACCGCAACAUUCUAGCGCCUUAUCUUGCUCUCGAAGAGCCUCGACUGGUGCUCGACCUUCGACCGGACUCAGCAUUCCACCGAGCACACCUGGUGAACUCGUAUCACAUCUCGCCUGUAUCGGAGCUCAGGUCUCGAUACAGCUAUCUGCCUCCACGCAACACACCCUUCCUGGUAGUGGCGGAUCUUUCUCAGCAAGACCAAGUGGUUGAGGCAUUCGCUCAGGUUCCGUCGGCAAAAAUCCUCUACCUUGCAGCCGAAGCAUCGGGAUCCAUUGCGACAACUUCUCAGCAUGUCUUGUCCCGCUCGACAUUUUUCAGCUCUGCUGAGCGCUUGAGACUGCUGCGCACGUCUGGAAGCCAUCAGACACGUGUUGCCGCAGGUGAUCACGGAGACGAUGUCCCGAGGCUACUGUUUCGCCCGUCUUAUGCUGUGCGCAGGACUGUUCUCGGCCUCGAAAGCGAUAUGCCGUCUCGCAACAGCGCUCUCAGGGUACUCGAUCUGGGCUGCGGUGCAGCGAGAGACCUUGCCUGGAUCUUGCACGGUUCUCGCACCCGCUCACCGCCGUGUUCCUGGGCCGGCAUCGGUGUUGACAGCUGGAAAGCAGCGCUCUCGCGGGCCGAGCAGAUUGCACUCGACCUAUGGCUCAGCCAAGAAGUCUCUGCUCAUUCACCAUCAUUUCCGCGCUGCGAGAAGCUGUUGUGGGCGAAGUGCAGCGACGAUGGCUAUCUCGAGCCACUGAUUGGCUCCGGCAAAGGCAAGUCCGUGAGGACGGAUGCAGACGAUCCACUUCUGUGGAAGCAAUGUCAGCAGCUCGGCCUCUCGCCGCUGCUCCCAGGACCUGUUGAGUCGGCUGCCAGCACCAACGACGAUGAGACCAAAUUCGAUCUUGUCCUCUGCGUCCGAUUUCACCCACGAGCUCUGCUCCCUCGCCUUGCGCAACUUGUUCGUGCAGGAGGCAUUGUUCUGCUCAGCCAUUUCGUCACCCUGUCUGACGAGCAGCGCGAAGCGGUCGGUCUAGUCCAUCCGAAUUCCUCAGCAGAGUACGAUUCACCGCCGCACGAGGGCCGCAUCCAGCCUGGCGAGAUUGAGGGUUUGGUCGAGGCGUGGAACCAGUCGGAGCUACCUGGUCGCAGCUGGGUCAUCGAGAGCGAUGUCCUUGAGCCCAUAGAAGAUGGAAGGAUAAUCAGGAGUGUUGCUCUUCGUAAGCAUGUACAGUAG